UAAUAUCGAAAACAGGAAGUAAGAGAGGCGAGCAGAUGUGUCAAUCCCCAUUCCACACCAAAGGGGCGGGGCUGCGCUCAGAUAGGAUUCAUGGGAGGGGGGGCAGAAUAACGGGGACGGUAAACCGUUAACAUGGCAGACAAGGAAGACGGAACAAGAACAACGGGGAACAGCCUACCGAUUGAGGUUGACCAAGGUCCUCUGGUCUCGGUGACGUUCCAGAAGAACCCGGCACGCAAACAGAAGUACCUGGAGGCCAAACCUAAAGAAUUAGGGAUCACCCAGAUAGGCCUGAGUUUCUAUCAGAUGUCCUGGAUCUUGGCGGUAUUCAACCUCGAAGGCGUGUCUGGCGAAACCGUUCUGAGGGUACUUUUCGCCAUUGUCUCUAUAGUGGUGAUACUAGCUGGAAGUCUGGCCAUCGCUGCUACGACGCUCCACAUUCCCACUCUGAGAGCCUGUCUUACAGUGCAGAUCCUGGCCAUCGCUUUCACGGCAUUCGGCCUUAUCACCAUGUCGGGGGAGUUUCAUGAGGGCCGGCAUGCCUGCCAAUAUUUAGACUACGACCACCACAAUGAGACGACCAACCGGAGACGCAUUUGCGAAAAAAUGCAGAAUGCCUUAAAUAACCUGCACACGGGAGGGAUGCUGGUGCAGAUGGCGCUGGUGGCUAUCUCCAUUACCCUGGCGGUCUACUGCUGCAAAGUGAUCAACUGUUGUUCACCAGGAUCCAGAAUGCCGGUGAUCACUUUACAAGCCCCUUCCAACAUUUCUGCUCCUGAAUGAAGACAGACGCUUUGCAAGUAAAGAGGAAUCACUGACUAACACAUCCAUUAAAACCACAUAUAUGGUUUACUGCUACGCAGAUGUUGAGGCAACAUGCACAGUGUUGGCAUUGAUUCGUUGUCGAAAGCAUUACCUUUUACUGAUUAACCUUCUGACAUUUAGCCAUCCAUUCAUUCUAGUACCAAGUUUGAUAUUAACUCCUCUGAACAUUUUCAAGAUGUAAAACAUUAUUUUUAACACAAUCAUAUAUAAAUCCAUAUGUGGCAGUUAUCCCAGCUCCUCCUAGCUGAGUGUUGAUGUGUCCCUCAGCAAGACACUUAACCCUAACUGCGCCUGACGAGCUGGCUGUCACCUUGCAUGUUUGACUCUGCCGUCGUUGUGUCAAUGUGUGUACUAACCGAUGUAAGUUAGUUUGGAUAAAAGCGUCUGCCCCUAAUUGUAAUCCCAGUUAAAAACCACCGAGGUGAUUGUACUGACUUUAGUUAACCCGUUUAUUUCAGAGUGUGUUGACCAUCGGAGCAGGGGCUCUCUGGGGUGUGUGUGGUGAUGGCUGGAUGCACCACAGGGGUGCAGCCUCACCCAGCCCAGAGUUGUAUCAGUCAGACUCAGGCCAGGUGAGGCUGCUUUAACUGGCCAUCAUCCACACACACUCCACACCAUACUAAUAACUCAUUUUUAAAUGAUUGAUAUACUUUUUUUUACCAUUGAAUAGAAUACACUCUUUAACAGAUAGGUCUUUAUUUCAUUUUUUUAUGCAAGAUAACGUGUGGUGAUUUUGUGUUCACAUGAGACUGCAAAGUGUUCAGUACACUCCCAAAACAUAUCAGCAACUUUGCUUCAAGCCGCUGAAGGCGAGAUUUUAAGUGCUAAACUAAUCAGCAUCCCCUCCUAGUCCUAUUAACACCAAGUAUAUGAGUAUUCUAAUACAGUAUACAAAGCAAUUGUGUAUCUUGCAACUUGUUAAAAAAAAUAAUAAAAUGUUAACUUGA